AUGAAACAAAUGUCUCCAUUGAUAAAUGACUGUAUAGAUGAAUUGAUGAAAAAAUUACCAAAUUACAGUGACAGUCAGGAAGAAUUUAAUAUAUACGCUUUAUACAAACGAAUGACGAUGGAUGUUAUUUGUCGAUGCGCUUUUGGUGUGGAUACAGACAUGCAGAAUAAUCCUGAUAACAUUUAUUUACAGAAAUGUGCCCAAAUAUUAGCCACUAAUUCUCGGCAACGAGCAUUAGUAAAACUCGAUGCAUUAUUUCCCGUAUUCGGUUCGCUUUUCGGCGAUAUACUAUUAUUCCAAAAUAAUGUUCGCCGAAAAUUAAAUCACUUAUUUCCAUCAUCAACGAGUAAAUUCGGAGAACUACCAGGUUUGUGGUUAAUGAAUCAAGUUCAUAAAGUCAUUGAAAUGAGAUCCGAUGAGGCUAAACAGAGAGUCGAUCUUCUACAAUUAAUGUUGGAAGCUGCGAGUCACGACAACAUAGAGGAUUCACUAGGCGAUGAACAAUCUGUUCCAAAAAAGCUAACGCACGAUGAAAUAAUAGCUAAUGUCGUUCUAUUUAUGGUUGCUGGUUACGAGACAACGUCAACGUCAUUGGCUUACAGCACCUAUAUUUUGGCUAAUCACCCCGAUAUUCAGCGAAAAUUACAGGAAGAAAUCGAUCAAAAUUAUCGAGAUGAUGUCGAUACACAGAAUCCCGAUUAUAAUUUUGUCAACAACAUGCACUACAUGGAUUUGUUUAUCCGAGAGGUUUUGAGAAUGUAUCCCAUAGCUGCGUCUGUAAUCAAUCGUCAAUGUAUGACUGAAACAGAUGUCUGUGGCUAUAAGAUAGCUAAAGAUGCUGUCGUACAAGUGGAUGUUUACGCCCUUCAUUAUGAUCCAGAGUUGUGGGGACCCGAAGAUCCGAAUGAAUUUUGUCCCGAAAGACAUUCAGUCAAACGACACCCGAUGGCAUACAUGCCCUUUGGAGGCGGACCGAGAAAUUGUGUUGGAAUCAGAUUCGCUUUAGUUGAAAUGAAAAUUUUACUUAUUAGACUACUCAAACACUAUACUAUCGUUAAGGACGAUCAACUUGAGAAAAAUUUUAAUAUUACCGAGAUUGCUGUCAUUGCACCUGAGGAAGUUUGGGUUAGGAUUGAGAAACGUAAACAGUCAUGA